AUGGACUCCCUGCCCUUCGAGCUCAUCACCCUAAUCCUCACCCACCUCCCCCGGCACGACCUCCCCUCCGCCCGCCUCACCUGCCACGCCUUCAACGCCGCCCUCGCAAAGCCCACAUUCUCCACCCUCGCCUCCUUCGUCGACCCGGCCGUCGCCCAGCUCACCAUCGAGCGCCUCGCCUCCGACCUCAACCGCCGCCCCAAGGCCAUCUGGUCCCCCGGAUGCUCCGUCCCGCGCGGGCUUCCCGUCCCGGAGAGCUUCCUCUCUGCGAUGCGCGCUGCCUUGCGGGGGGCUGAGGAGGCGGCGGCCGACGCAGGCUCGGACAUCACCAUGUACACCGAAGGGGACAAGAUCACGGCGGAGAACUUUGGGAGGAGCAUUGGCAUGGACGAGCUGACCGAGGACGUGCUGCGGCAGGCGCUGUUCCGGUAUGCGCUGUAUCUGAGCUACGUCUAUACAGGGGAGGGCGAGGCGCCGGCGCUGUGGGUGAUGAAUUCGAAGAAGUGGGCGCAGCAGCGAUGA